AAAAAUAAAAACCCUAGGGUUUUUGUUUCGUUUCUCUCCUCAGUCCCCCCUCUCUAAUUCUUUUCCGUUUCUCUGGUCGUUUCUUCAAUUCAGUUUAAUUUCGAAUCGUAUUUCAUUGUCUUGUUUCGAAUUACGAUUGGUGGAUUCUUAAUUGCAUUGGCUGUGGCAGUUGUUUAGCUAUCAUCAAAAUGGGCGCCAAAGGCAAAGUGAGGAGCGUAGACUAUGAAAGUGAUGAAAUGGAAGAAGAAGAAAUAGAGGAAGUGGAAGAAGAAGAAGUUAACGAUGUGGAAGAAGAAGAAGACGAGGAAGAAGGAUUUGAAGAAUUAGAAGCAGAAUAUGAUGAUGGUGAUGAUGAUGAAACAAGUGAACCGGUAUUGAAAUCUCGGAAAAAAUCAGCAAAGGAACAUAAGGAUCAAUUACAAAGGCUUCAGGAGAAGGACCCAGAGUUCUUUAAGUUUCUGCAAGAACACGAUAAGGAGCUUCUAGAUUUUGAUGACGAGGAUAUUGAUGAUGAUGACAUAGAAAAUGCAGAAAUGCAAGUAGAUGAGGAAAUUGAUGGGCAUGGUGUGGAAGAAGAGGAAGAAGAGAAACCAUCUAAAAAAGUUAUAACUACUGCAAUGGUUGAUUCUUGGUGUGUUUCAAUUAAAGAAAAUGGACAGUUAGGUGCUGUUCGUUCUCUUAUGAGAGCUUUUAGGAUUGCAUGUCACUACGGUGAUGAUGCUGGAGAUGAUUCAUCCACGAAGUUUAGUAUCAUGUCUAGUAGUGUCUUUAAUAAAAUAAUGUUAUUUGUACUGAGUGAAAUGGAUGGAAUUCUUAGAAAGUUGUUGAAACUCCCCUCUUCUGGUGGAAAGAAAGAGACCAUAACAGAUCUGAUUCACACACCACAAUGGAAGAAACACAAUUAUUUAGUGAAGUCGUAUCUUGGAAAUUCUCUACAUGUUUUAAAUCAAAUGACUGACACAGAAAUGAUAUCAUUUACUUUACGGCGUCUCAAAUAUUCAUCGUUAUUCUUGGCUGCGUUUCCAAGCCUUUUAAGGAAAUAUGUUAAGGUUGCACUUCAUUUUUGGGGUACAGGAGGAGGUGCACUCCCUGUGGUUUCUUUUCUGUUUCUGAGAGAUAUAUGCAUUCGGUUGGGAUCUGAUUGUUUGGAUGACUGCUUCAAGGGGAUAUACAAAGCUUAUAUACUGAACUGUCACUUCAUAAAUGCAGUAAAAUUACAGCAUCUCCAGUUUCUUAGUAAUUGUGUUGUAGAACUUCUUGGGGUGGAUCUUCCAACUGCAUAUCAGCAUGCCUUUGUUUUCAUCCGGCAGUUGGCAAUGAUUUUACGGGAUGCAUUUAAUGUUAAAACGAAGGAAGCAUUCCGAAAAGUUUAUGAGUGGAAAUUCAUGAACUGCCUUGAGCUCUGGACUGGAGCUAUCUGUGCCUAUAGCUCAGAAGCAGAUUUCAAGCCCCUCGCUUAUCCAUUGACCCAAAUAAUUUCUGGGGUUGCUCGUUUAGUUCCAACCGCUCGAUACUUUCCCCUUAGAUUGAGGUGUGUUAAAAUGCUUAACCACAUUGCUGCUUCUACCGGUACUUUUAUACCUGUUUCCAUGCUCCUUUUGGAUAUGCUAGAGAUGAAAGAACUGAAUAGGACCCCCGCUGGAGGUAUUGGCAAAGCUGUGGAUUUGCGCACUGUACUCAAGGUAAGCAAACCAAUUGUGAAGACACGAGCAUUUCAAGAGGCAUCUGUUUUCUCUGUUGUUGAAGAGCUUGCUGAACAUUUAGCCCAAUGGAGCUAUUCUGUUGCUUUCUUUGAGUUGUCAUUUAUUCCAGCUGUGCGGUUGCGUAGCUUUUGCAAAACUACCAAAGUUGAAAGAUUCCGAAAAGAAAUGAGGCAACUUAUUCGUCAGAUUGAAGCUAAUUCCAAGUUUACAAAUGAAAGGCGUAUGUCAAUCACUUUUCAACCAAAUGAUCCAGCAGCUUUAUCAUUUCUUGAGGAUGAGAAAAAGUCAGGGUCUAGCCCACUGUCACAAUAUGUUGCAACUCUACGUUUGAGAACAAAACAAAGACAUGAUUCAUUGCUGGAGUCCAGUGUUCUAGUGGGUGAGAACUCUUCCGUCUUUGGUGGUAAGAAAAUACCUGAUAGUGAUGAAGAAGAAGAAGAAGAAGAUUAUGCCAGGAAUGGGAAGGGUGUUGCUGUUUUCAGUUCAUCAUGGUUACCUGGAAGCGCUUCAAAAGAUAAGUCUCCUAAAGAGGAGAAGAAGAAGAAGAAAAAGAUUCAGGAAGAGGUAGCAGUGGAUGAAGAUGUUGUCGAGGACUUGGUACUUAGUUCCGAUGAAGACGAGUCUGUAAGUGAUGCCCCAUCCGAUGAAGACAGAUCCAUGGGUGAAGACUCCCAGUCUGAUGGUGAAGAUGAAAACUCAAAACCUGUAGCAGCUCCAAGAGGACAGUCCAAUAAGCAGAAACCUGCAAACUUGUCGAAGAAAAACAAGCGGAAUCCUUCAAACAUGUCGAAGAAAAAUGUACAAUCUCGCGGAAAGACGUUGAAAAAGAGAAAGAGAUCAGGUUAGAAAAUAUCAUAUGGCCAAUGUAUUUAAUUCUUCAUUAUAUAUGUAAUUCUACUUCCCAGGAAUUUUUGUUAAACAUAUUUAGAAGUUUGAGCUUCUUCAAAUCAAAUUUUGUGAAGUUGAGCACAAAAAUGGCUGCCUAAAAUUUUGUAUGAGAAAAUUUGAAUUGGUUAGUAUAGUG